AUCGUACUACUGAUUUCGUACCUCUCCUACUCUCACUGCCAUGGCGCCGACCAAAGCUCAACUCCUCGAACUCUGGCCUGUUCCUGGCCCGUCCUUGACACACUAUACGGCUCCUCGUUGGCCUGGAACCUCACCCGAAUCCACUGCCACCUUGCGCGUAUAUCUUCAACGAGACUAUGUGGAACACCAUGGGAUGUUCGACUACACUUCCAGGGGCGCUCACAAUCACACACCCUUUCAUCUACUGGUAGAGUGGGCGCUAGGAGGGACCUCAAAGCAUCUAGAUGCGAUUUGGGACCAGCACGAGAAUGUUGAGCGAUACGCUCACCGUUCACCAGGUGCCAUCACCACGGCCAAUGCUUUCGAUCACCUGGGUGAUGGGGACUACUACCAGGCUUAUCUUCACUUUUUCUCCGAUCUUCUGCUGAAAACACCUCUCAGCGCUGUGCUCGAGGAGUGGCUUUUCUCGCCCAAAGCGAACUUCGAUGGCAAAAAACCAGAGAUGGUGAAUCGCCUACUGGAUGGCAUCCUCCACCCCAUGCUUUAUCUCGGCUAUGGAAUCGAGUUUAGCUUGCCCGGUCUUGUAGCUAUGGGACUGGCACAGACUGCUGUACACGGAGCCCCAUCACCGAACUUGAUACCGAGAUCGAUGUUCGAAGCACCGACCAAGCGUGGGCCAGGAUUACACGCAUUCACCAUCGUGUCGCGUAUCAUGUCGGAUAAUGCGUUCAAAGAUUAUAAAGGGUCGUUCGACGAUCUUCAGGCGAAAAUUGGCCAGAAGAUACAGUCGUAUGCGUCAGAGUGGCUUGUGGACGGGGCCAAUGACAAAGAGAUUGCCAAGAAGGUGCAAGAGUUAACUUUCCUGAACGUGAUGAUAUAUGCCGUGGGUGGAUGGCGCAAUGGGAAAUUUUAUAAAGCUGAAUUUACUCUAAUGCACCUUCUCACCAGUUCGAUGACCUUGACAUCGUACAUGGCGGUCAUAUCUCCGACAUCGAAAUCACUGCUCCUCCGCGCAUACUUCACGCGUUCAUUAGCCUACUACAUUUCCAAGGGUCGGCCUGAACUGCCUGUCCGCUCCUUCUUUACGGCACCGAUCCUCACAGAUUUCCCAGGACCUACGGUAAACCCCACAGAAUCCGCAUUCCCUGAUCCUGAGUCUCCCUUCGCCGAAACUCCAAACGUGUGGCUGAAGAUCAUACAAUCAGCACUGGUUCACCCCGACGAUCAUCUGUCCAAAGUCCAGCGCACGCUGGCCCAUUAUGGCUCGUUGUACGGCCACAUUGCCGCUGGGGAAUUCAAAGGCACGGAGCUGAAGGAUAGCGAGUUGAUUGAUGGUACAUUGUUUGUGAGGACAGCUGCGUUGACCAUGGAAUGGAUGGGGAGGAUCAGGGAGGGAGAGCCGGCUAGGUUUUGGGGGGAUGAUCCUAAUUUCCCAGAAGCCAAAAUUUACUGAAGUCGAUCCAAACUGCAGAAUUGUUUCUCCUUCAACUUGAAUGUUGCAUAACCUGUUCAACUUUAACAUCCCACGUAGUAUUCUAUGAGAGUUUGCGAGUUAGAUUUUCAAAUUUCUCGUU